ACCUUCUGAGGACAGUGUUGUUACAAGUGUGAAUUUCUCAAGUAUAGCUUCACUUUUGUACUUGUAACAUGUAAUAUGAAGGGAGACUAAAUCUCCUUGUAUAGCUAGAGCUAGGCAGAGCCUGUAAGCAUUUGAAGUUGGUAUGUUCUGCCUAAGAUACAGGGAUGUAUUUUUAUGACUUUGCUUCCCUCCCAAGCCGCUGUUCUGUACAAAGUUAAUUCCUUCUCCCUCUAGUCUCAUGUUUCUUCCUCCUUUCAUGAAACUGCAGCUAAGCAAAGAAAGAAAAAGGGUCAAUAAUAGGAUUCUAAGGGUAGUGUAUAUUUAUAUCUUGUUUUACUCUGCCUCAAGUGCUGUUAAUUCUUCAGUGAUCCUUGGUCUGAGACAACAAGAAUUGGAAUGACUGAUAUGAUGGCUGCCUGGCACAGAUGAUUUGUGAGAUUUGGACUUAGUGCAUAGAAAAACCUGAGCUACACUGUACAAGCCAGAGAACUAAGCUUCCUGUAACUGCCAUGCAUGGCUGGCUAGGCAAAUGAGUCAGUGGAGACUUACAAAUCCUUAGUGGACAAAGCUGGUCUGGGAUCAAUGGUUUCAGUACGUUAUCUUGGUGAAGAGAGAUGUGUUUUUCUUUCUAAAGACCUUUUGACACCCAUUCAGGAUGUGGACAAUUCCAGGCUUCCUCUUAAGGAUGAUCAAAAUGUUAAUGAAGAAAUUCAGGCUCUGGUUAAGAAGCACCUGGAUGAAACACGCUUGGUGCAAGGUGGGAAAAACAUCAUUGGUUCAAAAAUCAGAAUUUAUAGCCUGGAUCCAUCUACUCAGUGGUUCACAGCAGUUGUUGUCAAUGGUAAUCCAACCACCAGAACUCUAGAGGUCAACUGUCAGGAGAUUCCAGCUUUAAAAACUCUCGAUCCAGAGUUAAUUCACGUUGAAAUCAUAUAUGACAGCAAUGGAAAAUCUGAUAAAUCUAAAAGAGUUGGGGGCAUGAAAAGGAAAUCAUCUGAGAACAGUGGAAGUGUUGAUGCUAAACACCCAAAAUCUUCUCUUGAGGUCUCUCCCAGUCAGGGAGCUGUGCAGUCAGUACCAACUGUGUUGGGUGAAGCAUUGCUUGGCUGUACUCCUGCUAAUAAAGACCAAAGGCAUCCAGGCCUGCCCCUGCCAGCUAACUCACCACCCAAUCUUGGUGCAGAAACUCCUCAGGGCACGUGUAGACGAAGCUUACCAGAAACUCAUCCUUCUUGUCUUAAUACUGGAAUGAAACCACUGAAGGAGGAUCUGCCAGCCUUUCCUAAAGUGGGCUUUGUAUCUAAAGAACAAACACAAAACCUUACCGAUCCAAAUGGUAAAUAUACCUCUUUGACAACCUCAAGAUCUUCAUCUGUGACUGAUUCAGCUAAGGAAAAAGGAACCAGCAUGAAAACCACCAAUGAACCUCUUGUGAAGCCCACCACAAACUUUCCAAAAGAAUACACUGCUGUAAAACAGUUGCAGCAUCCAAACCCUUCCAUAGCAAUACCCCGGGGCAGCAGCACUGCUGAGCUGCAGCGGACUUUAGACUGCAGACCCUCCACCUCAGAUGCUCAUCUUCACUGUUUUACUGAGUCUGGAUUUAAAUCACACAGCAAUUGCAACAGCCACAAAGGAAACAAACCAGAUGAACUUGCAGACAUGGAGCUUUUUAUUAGAAGAAAUUCAGCUGAGAUUCCUUAUGACAGAACUGAGAGUGAAGGCUUCUGGACUGGAAGUGCCAAGGUCCAGGAUAAUAUACUAGUUCGCAAGUCCAUUUUAUCAGAUGCUUCUAAAGUGAAGAAGCUGCAGCAAAGUGGAGAAGCAUUUGUACAGGAUGGUUCCUGCAAUAACAUUGCACCUCACUUGCACAAAUGCAGGGAAUGCCGUUUGGAUAGCUACAGGAAGAACAAAGAGCAGAAAGACUCCACUGUCUUCUGUCGAUUCUUUCACUUUAGAAGGUUGCAGUUUAAUAAGCAUGGAAUACUACGUGAGGAAGGCUUCCUAACUCCAAAUAAGUAUGAUCCUGAGGCUAUUAGCUUGUGGCUGCCUUUAUCAAGAAAUGUUGUGGGUCUAGAUCUUGACACAGCCAAGUACAUCCUGGCCAACAUUGGAGACCACUUCUGUCAGCUGGUGAUAUCUGAAAAGGAAAUGAUGUCUACAAUUGAACCACACAGACAGGUCGCCUGGAAGCGUGCAGUUCGUGGAGUCCGGGAGAUGUGCGACGUGUGUGACACCACAAUCUUCAACCUUCACUGGGUCUGCUCCAAGUGUGGCUUUGGUGUGUGUGUAGAUUGCUACAGGAUGAAGAAGAAAAGCUUGCAUGAAGAUGAUGACUCGGAUACUUUCUCCUGGUUUAAAUGUGUGAAGGGGCAGGUACAUGAACCAGAGAAUCUGAUGCCUACACAAAUCAUUCCUGGAAAAGCUCUCUACGAUGUAGGUGAUAUUGUUCACUCCAUAAGAACAAAAUGGGGAAUAAAGGCUAAUUGUCCUUGUGCAAAUAAGCAGUUCAAAGCACUAUCAAAGCCAACUCUAAAGGAGGAUUCAAAACAGAACUUGGUACCUGGAGAAAGGACCAGCCUUCAACAUAACAGCUUUGUCCUGAGCCCACAGGCCACUACACAAGAUCCUCCUCUAAAGUCAGCAAUUGGAAGUAAACAAAGUGCAUCAGUAAAUACUCCUUCAUUAAGUUGGUUAUCAAAUCUAACAAGUGGAAAUGUGAAUAAAGAAAACAAAGAGAAACUCCUCAUACCUAUUCCAAAGAAUGAGAACAAACCUCUCCAGACACUCCCUAGCUUAGCCAAGCCUGCUGCAGCCCUGCAGACGUUCAACAGUGCAAUACUGACACCCGUGAGCAACAACAACACGGGCUUCUUGAGGAACCUGUUAAACUCUUCUGGAGGAAAGACAGACAACGGACUCAAGAGUACACCCAAAAUCCUUGACGACAUUUUUGCUUCCCUGGUGCAAAAUAGAACCAUUACAGACCUGCCUAAGAAACCUCAAGGACUGACUAUAAAGCCUACGAUCAUGGGCUUUGACACGCCGCACUACUGGUUAUGUGAUAACCGCUUGCUGUGUCUGCAAGACCCCAACAAUGAAAGUAACUGGAACGUCUUCAGGGAGUGCUGGAAGCAGGGACAGCCUGUAAUGGUGUCAGGAGUGCAUCACAAAUUAAAUGCAGACCUCUGGAGACCAGAAUCCUUUAGGAAAGAAUUUGGCCAACAGGAAGUGGAUCUGGUUAACUGCAGGACCAAUGAAAUCAUCACUGGAGCUACUGUAGGAGACUUCUGGGAUGGAUUUGAAGAUAUCUCAAGUCGCCUGAGAACAGAAGAAGGAGAACCAAUGGUGCUGAAGCUUAAAGACUGGCCUCCAGGAGAAGACUUCAGAGACAUGAUGCCUUCUCGGUUUGAUGAUUUGAUGAAAAAUAUUCCCUUGCCAGAAUACACCAGGAGGGGUGGCAAGCUCAACCUUGCCUCUCGACUGCCCAACUACUUUGUACGACCAGAUUUGGGCCCCAAGAUGUACAAUGCCUACGGCUUAAUAACACCAGAGGAUAGAAAAUACGGCACAACAAACCUCCAUUUAGAUGUGUCUGAUGCAGCCAACGUUAUGGUUUAUGUGGGUAUCCCCAAAGGCCAGGCAGAUCAAGAAGAAGAAGUGCUUAAAACCAUACAGGAUGGUGAUUCUGAUGAAUUGACCAUUAAGCGCUUUACUGAAAGCAGAGAGAAACCUGGAGCUCUAUGGCACAUUUAUGCUGCCAAAGAUACAGAGAAGAUCCGGGAAUUCCUUAAAAAGGUUGCAGAGGAACAAGGUCAAGAAAACCCUGUUGAUCACGAUCCCAUUCAUGAUCAGAGCUGGUACCUGGAUCGGUCGCUAAGAAAACGCCUUCAUCAGGAGUAUGGAGUUCAAGGCUGGGCUAUUGUACAGUUUCUAGGAGAUGUAGUUUUCAUUCCAGCAGGAGCUCCACACCAGGUUCAUAACUUGUACAGUUGUAUUAAAGUUGCAGAAGACUUUGUAUCCCCAGAGCAUGUCAAACACUGCUUCUGGCUCACUCAGGAAUUUAGAUAUCUGUCACAUACGCAUACGAACCAUGAAGAUAAAUUGCAGGUGAAGAAUGUCAUCUACCACGCUGUUAAAGAUGCGGUUGGGAUACUGAGAGCGAACGAAUCCAGCCUUAGCAGACCGUGAAGCAGAAAGCCUUAACCACACACUCUGAAACAGAAGCGUUGGCAGCUGUUUUACCUACUCAGUCAGGACCUCUGUGGACUUUGAGCUUCUAUGAAUGUUACCUCAUCUUCCUUUCAGCAGUACCAGAGGCUCGUGGUACUAUAUUCUGUGUAUUCUUCCAAUGUUUACAAACCUGAUAUGUAUAUGUAGUAAUAUGUAUGGACUGUGGCAUACUGUGAAUGCUCAGUUGCAAUAGAACUUUAUACGGAGUUGCUCUCCAAACUGUACAAAUAUACCUCCUUAGAGAACUGUUGGAAAACUAUUCCAAAUUCCUUGUUUAAAAAAGAACAUUAUUCCAAGGCAUUGUAAAGCUCCAGUUUUUCACAUGUAUUUUGGGGUGGGAGAAGAAGCAGGAGUCACCCAGUUUAAUAACUGAUUUCCUUUUUUUUCCUGUAAGAAUGCAGUUCUGGGAUUUCACAUUAACAUAGAACUAGCAUUUAAAAGUAGCUUUAAGCUAUUGUAUAGUACCAUAGAGAUGGGGGUUAAACCAUCUUUAGAUAAAUGUAUUUAAAUUUCUAAAUGUUAAAAACAAAGACUUUUAAUCAAAACAGCUUCUGUUUGAAACUGCUCUUUCAGUUGAACUGAUGUUUGAUCCUCUGGUUUUUAACACUGAAUGGUCUACAUAAAAUUCUUCUAUUUCA